AUGUCGGCGACCAUUAGAUGGGGACUUCAGCGGCUAAUGCGGACCCAAACCAAAGCUUUCCUCAGGUUAACAGAUCACUCACAAACUACAGUGUUAAGCUUCAGGGGGUUCCUGCGUCAUCCUGAGACAGGAGCUACAUACUUCUCAGUGAGAAACCUGUCCAUUCAGACUCAAGAUACGCCAAACCCAAGAAGCUUGAAGUUCCUCCCUGGGAAACCUGUUCUGGGAAGCGGUACGCUGGACUUCCCUUCCCCAAGCUCAGCUGGAUCCUCAUCUUUAGCGAGGGACCUGUUUGAAAUUGAGGGAGUGAAAAGUGUGUUCUUUGGGCCCGACUUCAUCACUGUCACUAAAACGGACGAGGAUGUGGAAUGGACAGCCAUUAAGCGCCAUGUUUUAGAUGCAAUUUCCAAGUUCUUUGAGAGUGGAGAUCCAAUAACAACAGGAGCAGUGCACCAUGAGAGCAGCCUCUCUGAAGACGAUGAUGAUAUUGUGUCUAUGAUAAAGGAGCUUCUGGACACCAGAAUUAGACCGACAGUGCAAGAAGAUGGAGGUGACGUCAUCUUUAAAGGUUUUGAGAACGGAACAGUAAAGUUAAAGCUGGUGGGAUCCUGCACAGGAUGUCCCAGCUCCACGGUUACUCUGAAAAACGGUAUUCAGAACAUGCUGCAGUUUUACAUCCCAGAGGUGGACAACGUAGAGCAGGUGGAAGACGAAGUGGAUGAAAUCAAUGCAAAGGUUUUUGAAGAAGUGGAGCGUAAACUACAAGAUUAAGAACAUCCUUUACAGAUGACUAGUUUGUGAAAUCGAUCAGCCAAAAUGUCUGUAAACACAAGAUGAAAACGAGUAUUCAAGUUGUUGAUAAUACUGGAACAAAAGCUUGAAAGGAGAAAAUUAUUUCCAGGCUUUUGUUUUUGCCUCCACCCUAGAUAUUCUAACUGUAAUUUGCAUGUAUAUGCUGUUGGUCCCGUUCUUAAACAAAGGUAAUAUACAGUUUUUUUGGUUGCUAAAGAAAAGUGUCCUGCUGUGAUUAUUGUAAAUGUGGUGUUGUAUUUAUUUCUUAUAAAUAUUGUAUGAUAAGAAAGAGAAUAUUUUGUCAAGAUCAUGAUUUUGUGAAGUUGAUGACUUUCUGGAAAAUUUGACAGUUAUUUCAUUUGCUGCUACUUAACACAAAAGGAAAAAAAAAGAAAUAUAAAUGCAUUAUUAUAUACAUUAUUACUAAAUUAAAUGAUGGAAAAUGGGUUAAAUUACCUCUUGUGAAAGUAGGCUCACAUUAUGAUAUCUCCAAGGAAAUGUCUGUGCAUUGUGCUCCACAUUGUAUUUGUCCUAAAU